CACUGAAUGGAUGCUCCUUGCACCACUACAGUCGCGUGUUGCGUCAGUAUGCCAAUCAACUGUUAACUAUGCUGUAACGUCCAACGUUGAAUUUCCAUCUGCUACUGCUGUACUAGCAGACUGCUUGACUAGGGCUUGUAUAACAGUUAACGGUAGAUUUCUUUUUUGGUCAUUUUGAUAUGGAUAAUCGACAAGAAAUUCAAGAAAAAAUAAAAACGCAGGGUGGAAUUGUUCGUAGUCUAAAGCAGGCAAAGGCUGAUAAGCAACAGAAUAUACUUUAGCGAUGAAUGUGAAUUGGACAAAACUUCUUAGAAUUUCGACUUCCAUUACCAAGUCGUUGAAGCUUCGCUCGACAUAUGCUUUCUGUCAUCAUGCCACUACAGUAGAUGAGAUUGAUGAAGAAGUUUCAAAACUACUGGAAUUGAAAGCAAAACUGGGGGAUGGAGAUACGAAAACAAAGUACGUUCUCAAAGCUCCAAAGGGAACUAGAGACUUCACGCCAAAGCAAAUGGUGAUUCGUGAAAAGGUUUUUGACACCAUCAUCGGUUGCUUUAAAAGACAUGGAGCGGAAACAAUUGAUACUCCUGUAUUUGAAUUAAAGGAAACUCUGACAAAUAAAUAUGGAGAGGACAGCAAACUAAUAUACGAUCUUAAAGAUCAAGGAGGUGAAAUGCUGGCUUUGAGAUAUGAUCUUACAGUACCUUUUGCAAGAUAUUUGGCAAUGAACAAGAUACAGAGUAUAAAGCGAUAUCAUAUUGCAAAAGUGUACAGGAGAGACCAGCCUGCCAUGACGAAAGGACGAUAUAGAGAAUUUUACCAGUGUGAUUUUGACAUCGCUGGCCCUCAUGAUUCAAUGAUUCCUGAUGCGGAGUGUCUACGUAUUGUUUAUGAAAUUCUUUCUGAUCUCAUGUUGGGGGAAUUUAAAAUAAAGGUUAAUGAUCGACGUAUACUUGAUGGUGUGUUUGAAGCUUGUGGGUGUCCUCCAGAUAAAUUCAGACCAGCAUGUUCUGCAGUUGAUAAGUUAGACAAGUUACCGUGGGAAGAUGUUCGAAAGGAAAUGUUGGAAAAAGGAUUGGCAGAAGAAAUAGCUGAUCAUAUUGGCCACUAUGUCCGAAUGUCAGGUUCUCAUGAAUUAGUAAAUCAAUUGCUCAAUGAUUCCUUUCUUAUUAAAAGCAAAUCUGCUGUAGCCGGAUUGAAUGAUUUAAAAUUAUUGUUGGAGUAUUUGGAAUUGUAUAACAUAAUGGAUAAAACUUCAUUUGAUCUCAGUCUCGCUCGAGGUCUUGAUUACUACACAGGAGUUAUUUAUGAAGCAGUUCUGACUGAUAGUUCUGUGAAUGAAGAUCCAGAUCGUAAAAAAGGAGAAACCGUUGGAGUUGGAUCUGUAGCAGGAGGAGGUAGAUAUGAUGGUCUUGUGGGAAGUUUUGAUCCAAAAGGAAAAUCUACACCAUGUGUUGGCGUCAGUAUUGGAAUUGAAAGAGUAUUUGCGAUAUUGGAGGCCAGAUCAGAAAAUUCAAAUUCCAGAACAACGGAAACUGAAGUAUAUGUUGCAUCUCCUCAAAAAAAUAUGUUGAAAGAACGAAUGAAAAUUAUAGCAGAAUUGUGGCAAGCAGGAAUAAAGGCUGAAAUGUCGAAUAAAAAGAAUCCAAAACUUUUGAAUCAACUUCAGCAUUGCGAAGAGAAUGGGAUCCCCGUCGCUAUUAUGAUCGGUAGUGGAGAAUUAGAAGAAGGAAAUAUCAAAAUUAGAGAUAUAAAAACCAGAGAAGAGUCUUUAGUGCCACGAUCAGCGAUGAUAGAGCAACUGAAAGAUAUAUUACAUCAAGUGCGAAAUGGAGAAAGUUGAUAUGAUAUUGAAUUCAUUUAUAACUAUAGUUGUUGCGUGAGGAAUGGUGUAAACAAACAUCGGUAGUUCGUGCAAAAUUUUGAUGAAUAUAUGAAGAAUCCCUAUCAUUUAACAGCGAAUAUUGCGGUUUUCUAUAGAGUAUGAGACUUUUGGAGCAUGUCAAUACCUUCCAAUUGUUUGGAAAGGGUCUUGGAUUGUAUAUUGGGAAGGGAGCUUUAUCUUGUAGGAAACAUUACUAAAAUUCUAUGGCAUAUUUAUGUUAAUAAUUUUGUAUAACAUUAACAAUGCUUUUUGGUCGAAAUUUUAUGUAUUAUUAUUAAUUUUAGCAUUCCUGACACAUUUCCCCAGUAUUUAAGUGGUAGAUUUAUUUUAUACCAGAUUGUUUUCAUCAAAGCUUACUCUCUGCAAAAUAGACGAAAAGCUUUUCUUCCAGCUGAACAUUUAUGACUGAAACAUUUUUAUUACGGUGAUAAUUUUUUGCGACCAACCUGUAGUCUUGUAUAGCAAAUUGCAAUACCGGGUGCACGUUUCAAUAAGUUCAGUCCACAGGACACAAUUUUUGUGAAGGUAUCCGUGUUCUUUUCAAUAUCUGAGUUUUGUGCAGAAACACUAUCGUAAAUGCAAUAUAUAUGUAUUUUAAGAAUCACAUUUCGAUCAUUACCAGUAGUAUGUUAUUUAUUUAUGGUGUUUCGAUGUCGUUAGAAUGCAAUGUUAUUAAAAACAAAGUCUUACAUAUUCAAUGAUCUG